CCACGAAAAAAAAAAAAAAAAAAAAAAUUGGUUUUCAAGUGCGAAGCGGAGGGUUCAACUUCAAUUCAAUACAUUUGGAGGCAAAAUGGACCAAACGAUUCCUACUCUUCCAAAUUCUCUGCAAUUCCUGUGUCUCUAAUUGCAACACUACUACUCUGUGGAGGACUGGCAGUGGCACCAAAGAAUUCAAAACAGAAAGAAGUAGAACCCCUAACCUAACUCAUCAAUGGCGGUUGAUACAAACUUCGCAUCGUUGUUUGAAAAGUUGAAGUUGGAAGAUCCGUUACUUCUACACCCCAGACCUUGGGAAUCGAUCCCUUCCGAAAGCGGUCUCUCUCUCUCCGAUGCUUCAACUUCUCAUUCUCCUCUCUCUAGACGCGGACUCUCUCUCUACGACACUUCAAUUGUUUCCGAAGCGAGUUUGGUGAGGUUGGCGAUGAAUGCACUGUAUGGUGUAGAAUCGUCUCUUUUGAGUAUCGAAAAGCUGUGUUCAGCGUUCUGUUGCGAUCCUUCUGACAGAACCUUCCAUCGGAUUCCAAGUCUGUGGACACGGUCUUCCAGUACUCAUGCUUUAGGAAACAUACUCAAAUCCAUAGGCUUCUUUGGCUGUGUAGUGUUCUUGCUCCGGAAAUUUCUGGACCAUUUUACAAAUUUUAAUUUUAAUGCGGGAAACCAAAAUGGUGUUGUGAAUCAGGCUUUUUCUGUUGCUGUUGGAAAGGUUUUAGAGGGUUACAUUGGUGCACUUGACACAUUAUAUGCAUCAGUGGUUUUGAGGCGUUCGUCUAAGACAGUUGAUGGGUCUUCCUGUUCAUCUUCUGGGGUAGGCUGUCUCACAAGCACAGUGUAUUCUGAAAUUACACUAUUGGAGGUUUACCUGCAUUCGUUGGAGUUGAGGACUCAAAUUGGAGCUCUUGGGAAUAUAUGCAAUGUACAUGAUCUUGCUCUUCGCUUUUCGGUAUCAUCUUUGCAGGACUUGGUCACUGAAGCAAACCUUCAGUUUUGUAAUUUCCCAAGAGGAGGAGAUCUGCUCACACAUUUGUAUACGCUGCUGCAGGUUGUUGAUCCUGUCCAUUGUGCUUUGCUCAAGUUUAUCUUUCUCCGGUCAUGUGAACCAUAUUUUGGAUUUAUCAGAUCAUGGAUUUACAAAGCAGAGAUCAAUGAUCCUUAUAAGGAGUUUGUAGUAGAAUAUAUCGAUAAUCCACCACCACCCGGUAACUCUGGAAUCUCUAAUGACUUCCUUGUGGCAACUAUUAGGGAGCGAGAUGGAGCUGCUGUUCCUUGUUUUCUAAAAGAUUACUUGAUUCCUCUUUUCAGAGCUGGUCAGCAGCUUGAAGUACUAAUGAAGUUGCUUGAAUUGUGUAACCACGUUGGUACUGGGAACCAUGUUUAUGAUGAUAUCCUUCCUCGAUGGAGUGAUUUCUCAAACAAUCGGCCAUAUUAUGAAUCUCCAUUGACUUUUAACAAGGAAAGCAUAAAAGCUAUGGUACUCGAAAGGAACAAAUAUUACAAAAUGAUACUGGAAAAGCUUGAAAACUUUUUGACAAAAUUGAAGAUCAGAUCCCGCCAGGUAGUUUCAUGUGUCAAUGUGCCUGUCCUUGUUGAUGACAAUGGAGGAAGUCUAAAUAUUCCAUCUUCAUUUGCUAUGAAUGACCGCUUGAUUUACCCUUCAGCAGAUAGAAGAGAUUCAAAUGUGGUUGUUGAAACUCUGGAUUCAGAGACAUAUAGUGAAGUUGAUGAGUUAUCUCAGGUGGAGGAUCUAAUUGAGUCAUCUGAAUGUUCAUCUUCAAAUAUCUCCGAAGAUGAAAAUGAGACUGAGCAAUUGAAUCAGUUUCCUAAUGGUAUGGUUGGGCCCAAACAAAAAUAUUUAUCAAUUUUAAGCUCCUUGUCAAGUACUCCAGUUGAUGAGUGUUUUCAGAAACCUUCCCAAAGUGAUAUGUCAUAUCCUGUGGAAAGCAAUUCGCAUGAAGUUUGUGAAAGAACAGAUCCACUUGAGCAUUUUAUACAUUUUUAUCACAAGCGAAUAAACUUGAGUGACAAUUCACUGCUAGUUGGGUCAGGGGAACCAAUUUUUAUACAGAAGCUUGAAAUUCGAGAUAUGGAUAGUCAGCUGCUUGGUGGCCUUGUGAAGAAUCCAUUUGAUGGUGACAGAAGGUCUAGCGAUGCCACAAGGUUAGAUCCAUUUGAAUGUGCGCUGAAAGUGAGCAAUAGAGAGAUGGGAGCCUUGAAGAAACAUAUGUCAUAUUUUAGCAAUAUUUUUCUAAAUGAUUUAACUGGAGAGGCCACUAAUAGUGAUCAAUUACCAAAUGGUACUCAUGCUUCAUCCAAUUCAUUCAUUUUGCAGCCAUGGAAGUCUAAGUACCAUUCUGAUUUUCUUAGUAUGAACCCAUUAUUGAGUAAAAAUGGCCUGAUGAGCAAGCUUGGAGAGGGAUGCUUUGCAGACCAUAGAAAACUUUUUUCUUGUUUUGACUUCUCAUCUGUAGAGGACCCGUGUAAGAUAUAUGUGGAAAAAGUUGGUCUCAAACAUCAAUUUCAACCUGAGCUUACAAUUAUCAAGAACUCUGGUGCUUCUGCUGCCAUUGGUGUGAGCAAUUGCCAUGAUGAAGCAGCCUACAAUAAUAGCGAGGUCUUGCUUGAUUGGAUGGCACUGUCUCAUGGUAAUUUACCUAUGGAGUCAAAGAAUUUAAAACAUGAAGAUGAGAUCUUAGUAAAUGUAUCUGGUGGGAGUGGUUGGGAGAGUAUACUCAAUCGUUCUGAUGACUAUGACACAACCAAAUUUUCUGUCAGAGAUCAGAGGAAGAAUUUGGCAGCUAUAUAUGAGAUUCCACUUGAUUUUGUGAUAGACAAAUGCCUUUUGCAGGAAAUCUUGCUUCAAUACAAGUAUGUGAGCAAGUUGGCUAUUAAAUUACUGGAAGAGGGCUUUAGUUUGCAAGAACAUUUGCUGGCUCUGCGGCGGUACCAUUUUAUGGAAUUGGCAGACUGGGCAGAUUUGUUUGUCAUGUCUCUUUGGCGUCAUAAAUGGUAUGCCACAGAGGCAGAUCAUAGCAUAUCAGAAAUUCAGGGGUUGCUUGAGUUGUCAGUUCAAAGGUCUUCAUGUGAAAGAGACCAUAACAAGGAUCGGUUAUUUGUGUACACUAAAGGACACAGCACGAUGCCCCUUUCAACCUCUGCAAUCGGAGUCCAUUCUUUUGAUUUUUUAGGUUUGGGUUAUAGAGUUGAUUGGCCGGUCAGUAUCAUUUUGACCCCAGGCGCUCUGAAACUUUAUGCUGAGAUAUUCAGUUUUCUGUUACAAGUCAAACUUGCUGUUUUUACUUUAACUGAAGUAUGGUUCUCAUUGAAGGAUCUAUUGCAUUUAGUUAAUCAGAAUCGACUUUCUGAACAACAUAAAUCGGAAUUGCACCAUUUCAACACCUUAAUGAAACUGAGGCACCAGGUCAAUUAUUUUGUGUCUACAUUGCAGCAGUAUGUCCUAUCACAGUUAUCACAUAUAUCUUGGUGCAGGUUGUUAUGCUCUCUUAAGAACAAGGUCAAAGAUAUGAUGGAUCUUGAGUCAGUGCAUAUGUCAUAUCUUACUGAUUCCCUGCAUAUAUGUUUCUUGUCUGAUGAAACCCGGCCUAUUGCCAGAAUCAUUGAAAGCAUCUUGCAAUGUGCACUGGAUUUGAGGUUUUGUCUAAUUGGAGGCACUCGUGAAGCUGAAGUUCCUGGAGGUUUGUCAGGGAAACUUUCUUGGAUCAACAUUUCCCAGGUGCUUGCCAUAAAGGGGACUUUUGAUAAAAAGAUGAAAGAAUUGCAUUUAUGCUAUCUCAACUCAUCUAAACAUGAGGAGUUUGGCCUUUCAAGUUUUUGGGGUUGUCUGAAUUUUAACGAGUACUACUCAGAUGUUAAGCCAGUAUGCUUUUUUGGUUGAAAUCUCUGUGCCAUGUGAAUCAUGACGAGUGGCUAAUUCUGUUCCCCUUCGUACUAUAGAGCAAGUCCAUAUGGGUUCAACAAUAGAAGUGGUGCACCCACAAAAUCAUCACGGUGAUUGUAGAUGUGUUCAACAUCAUGAUAAUGCAGUAUUGUGUAUAUUAUGUAAUUUGUUUUGAAAUCAACCCAUGCUGAUUGCAGGGCUUAUUUAUGUAUAUAA